AUGGAGGUCCCGGGGCACGGCGCGCGGCUGCUCGGCCGCCUGCGGCAGCAGCGCCAGCAGGGCUUCCUGUGCGACUGCACCGUGCUGGUGGGCGCCGCGCGCUUCCCGGCCCACCGCGCCGUGCUGGCCGCCUGCAGCGUCUACUUCCACCUCUUCUACAGGGACCGGCCCGCCGGCAGCCGCGACGCGGUGCGGCUCAACGGCGACGUGGUCACGGCGCCCGCCUUCGGCCGCCUGCUGGACUUCAUGUACGAGGGCCGCCUGGACCUGCGCGGCCUGCCGGUGGAGGACGUCCUGGCCGCCGCCAGCUACCUGCACAUGCACGACGUCGUCAAGGUCUGCAGGGGCAGGCUCCGGGGCGAGGGGCGCGCGCCGCCGCGGGGGGAGCCGCAGCCGCAGCCGCCAGCCCGCGCCCCGCGCCUCCAGCCCGCGCGCUCCCCGGAGCCCGCGCGCUCGCCGGACCCCCGCGCCGCCGCCGCCUCCGCCUCCGCCGGGGCGCGCGCCCUCCCUCCGCGAGCGCCGGGGCGCCCCCCCUGGCCGGCCCCCGGGGACCCGGACGCGGCCCUGGACCUGUCGCUGAAGCCCGGCCGCCCCCCGCGCGCCCUCCAGACCCCCGCGUGCGGCCCGCUGCCCCGGGACACCGAGUCGCGGGGCUCGCGGUCGGACGCGGAGGACGGCGGCGGCCCCCCGCAGCCCCCCUGCGUGCGCGCGGCCGAGCGCGGGGCAGGGGCCCCGGGGGCGCGGCGGGGCGGCGCGGCGGGCGGCGCGGAGGCGGCGGCGGCGGCGGCGGCGGCGGCGGCGGGGCGCGGGGCCCUGUGCGUGUGCCCGCUGUGCAGCAAGCUGUUGCCCGGCGCGCACGUGCUGCAGGGGCACCUGAGCGCCCACUUCCGCGAGCGGGAGGGCCCCCGGGCGCGGCUGUCCCCCGACGGCCCGGCGCCCACCUGCCCGCUCUGCGGCAAGACCUUCUCCUGCGCCUACACGCUGAAGAGGCACGAGCGCACGCACUCGGGCGAGAAGCCCUACACGUGCGUGCAGUGCGGCAAGGGCUUCCAGUACUCGCACAACCUGAGCCGCCACGCCGUGGUGCACACGCGCGAGAAGCCGCACGCCUGCCGCUGGUGCGAGCGCCGCUUCACGCAGUCCGGGGACCUCUACCGCCACGUCCGGAAGUUCCACUGCGGCCUGGUCAAGUCCCUGCUGCUGUGACCUGUCCCCCAGGUGGAACCUGGCGGUGGAGGCCAGGCCGCGGGAUGGGGGCUGGGGAGCGGGAGGCGCCCCCGAGCCGCGCUCCCAGCAGAGGGACCACUGCCGGCCCCACCAGAGCCGGGGUCACCCUCCUCCUGCCUCGCUCCUCCCCCACCCUCGGGCGGACUCCUGCUCCCAGCUGUGCCCUGACCUUGAGCACCGUCUUCCUCUCCAUCCCUCCAGCCAGUGUCCCCUCUGUCACCUCCAGGGGGUGUCCCGAGGGCCCUGAGGCCGGGCCCAGGCUCCUUGGCUUCAGAACGCGCUGUUGUCCUCCCACGGGG